GGGACAUGUCCCAGCUCAUAAGGUUAACUUGCAACAGGUCAUUGAAUACACAAAGCGCACUCCAGCAGGGAUGAGUCUCUCAGAAGUGAUGAAGCGAGGGGAUUCACCUUGGGAAUCUAUGAGAGUCAGAGGCUCAACAGUGUCAUAAUCCUGUUUCUCAGCUGAAGAUUGUGAAGAUUUAGGGGGUUUCAUCAUCUACUGUACAAAAUAUUAUUGAAAGAUGCAGAGUCAGGAUAAUCUCUGCACAAAACAGACAAGGCUGAAAAUCAUUACUGGAUGGGCAUGAGCUUCAGGCCUUCAGGACAACAGUAAAAACAGACAUGACUCUGUAGUGGAAAUCACUGCAAGGGCUCAACACCACGUCUAAAAAUUAUUGUCUCCAAACACACUUUGUUGCUGUAUCUACAAAUGCAAGUUAGAACUCUACCAUGCAAAGAGGAAACAAAAUAUAAGCCCGAUCAAGAAAUGUUGGCAUUUUCUCUGAGACCACUUUAAGGCCUACAGAAGAGCACUUCAAACACAGAGACAUGUCAAACAUGAACCUACUUUAACUUUUUUAUUGUUUUACCUGAUCUUUUAUUUACCUGCCCCCACUGAUGAAAUCCAGACCUCAAAACAAUCAGAGCACCCCGACACAAGCUAGAAAUAAACGCUCUCACUGCCACUGCUGACAGCCUGUGUCCACCGACGAAGCAGAUAAUUUGACUCGUGCUUGAAUGAGACCACUGAAGGGCUAUUUUGAGGGUCAGUGUGUAAAGUUUGCUCCCUGCCACGCGCGUACUUCACAUGUCUCUGCGUACAAUGACACAGCAAAAAUAGAGCGCUAACUUCAGGGAGAAAAACUAAGAGUCACUUGAGGUCUUCCUGGCUGAUGAUUCACAUUUUUGACUUUAAGGAGGGCUGCCCUGAGAAACACUUAAGCUCCCCCCGCUUUGAUGAGUCAACAUAUCUUCAAUGAAAGAGGAAAUGCAGGUAAUUCUAUGUAUAACUGCCUUAAAUUAUAAAACCCUCAAGUCGAAGCUUCAACCCUGUCUUUAACAACAGUAUUUAACUAAAUAUAUUGAGCUACUUUCCCCUCUCUGAUCUCAUCCUCUCUCUCUCACCCUCUUGCUCUCUUCCCUCCCUCUCGCUGGCUCUCUGCCUCUCUGACUGGCAGCGAGCCUGUUGAAAGUAGGCUAGGAUUGACGCGCUGCUUGAGUCUGAGUCACAGAGAGCUGUGGAAUACUGAAGCCCACUGAUUGCAUUUAACUUUAGGCAUCCGACUCCCAUGCAGUGCAUGAUACAAUAGAGCCAUCCGCUCCGCUUUCUGCACCUCAAUGCUGACGUUUAUGGCUGCACUUAGGCAAAAAAAGAAACAACACAAUGGUUCUGACGCUGAACAAUUGGAAAGAUGGUUAUUUACAGGCACUGCCAGAUAAAGUAAUGAUCUCACUUGCCACGUAUUACAGCACAGACACUUAAAUUUGAUGAUCCCACUUGUGGUUGCACACCAGGCUGGUUUGUGGAUGGUGACAAACAAACUGAAUAAUCCAUCUUGUCUUUUUACCAAUCUCUCACACAAAGCUCUCUUUUAAUUUUGCUCCGUCAUGAAGUCAUGUCAAGAGCUUUUUCAUAGUGGGCCGGGUGUGCCACGUUCAACCACAGCCUUCCUCACCUUGUCAAAAGAAGUGUCAGAGGCUUGAUACAAAUCCCAAAAGAGGCUUGAUACCAAUCCCAAAUAAGAUGACGUGAGAAGAUUUUUGUCUUAAAAGAGCCCACAAUCAGGCCAAUGACGCAUGCACAAAUGGAUGUUUUAUCCUUGUCACAGAUCUCUAUGAAUUAUCGCUCAGCUUGUGCGCUGUGUGGGUUCCUGUAAACACACAAGAUCUUUUUUUUUAACUAAAGCGCCUCAAGGAUUUCACCAUAUAAACACGAGUACAUUAACAUAAACAGGGCAAAAGUCAGCAGCGAGGGAGCCCGCGCCUAAGCAAGAAAAACAGGAAAGUCAGAAGAGCAAAGAGCAAAUAAUGUAAACGGCUCCUCACACAGAAAGGGUCAUGGGAAUUUUCCUUUUCAGAUGACACCAGUUUUGUGGUUUGAAGUGUCUGUGUCGUCUGUUUAAGCCUGUGUUGACAAGGGCUUUAGUUCCAGUGCAUCAGCUCUUUGUCAAACUGAAACAGAAGCUGCGUAUGCAUCCUCAGCAGAAAGCCGAGCAAAGUUUUCAGUUUUUGCCUGAAUGAGGAAGUUCAUGUCGGAGAGUUUCUACUAAGACUGAGAGUCUAUCGUACAUUAUUCCCUCAUAGGCUUGUCUUGUUGUCAGUGAGACUCUUUGGUUUGAUGUCAUGUAAAUAGUUAAACAGUGUUUGCAUUUACGUAAACCUAGAAGUAAAGAGAUUACUGUGGGCAGGUGGUUUGCGUGUUUAAUAAAUACCUUAUCAUAAAGGUAUUAUGAGCAGCAUUGCUGUCAUUGUGUCCUGCAUAUUGGUCAAAUAUCUCUACUCUGUCUCUAUGACCACCACAGGGAAUCGGGGGAAUGUGCAUGCUGGUAUCGAGGCAGUUUGUUUGUUAUUUGGCUCUAAAAUAAACAAGGAAAAUGGUCUCCCAGCUCGGCUCCUGCUCUGUGGCAUGACUACAAAACAACAGAGUCAGCUGAGAAACUGCACUCUGCCCAGAAUGAAAGGUUUGCAUUCAUGGCACAUAAGCUGAAGGAGACUAAAGCUGCAAAAGCAUAUUUUUUAAUGCUUUCACUUAGAGAAAAUUAUAUGAGCCAAAUACACAGGGGAGGAUGCAGAAUAGCAGGAGCCACUUACAAAAUAAUCAAUCCAAUACCCUUGCCUGGGACAGCUCAAACUACCAGCCUCAACAAAGUAUGCUUUAACUGCUGGGCUGCUGCACUUUUGUGAAGGUGGUUUCACAUAGUAUAACAUUAAAUCAAAGUCGCCUCUUUGACUAGGAAAAAUGGAUUGCAAUAAUGACUAUAAAUCCAAUAACAUUUAAGUUUGAAUCAUAAGACGGAAGAAAGAAAACACACUCCUUGCAUAAGUAAAGAAACAGGGUAUACUCAGUUCAAAAGCUUUAGGUUCACAAAGCCGUGAAUGAAUACAGGGCUCUCCUCCUUUAACGUAGACUGAAGCAUUUCUGUAAAUAUAAGAUACAAAAGCUAUAUUUACAAAGGCAUACAGGAAGUUCUUUGACUCUGCCAAGAAAGAAUUAAUGGCUUUAGACAAGAAUAGAUGUUAUUAAACUGAUACAAGGAAAGACCUGAACUCCCACCUGGUGGAUCAUGUAACAAGAAGCUGCAGGAAUCUGUAGCCAAAGGCUGCAUUGAAAGUAAACUCAAGUAUUGCCUUUUUAUAAACAGUCUCAACCUCAGUUUCGGUUUUGUUGUUGUGAAUAGCAGACAAAGACUGAGGGAAAUCGCUGAGAAGCCGAGAGUGGAGCUAUGGUAUGAGGACGUGAGACAUUUUGGUUGGCUGGAGGAAAAAAGGCCGAUCAAAUUUCUCUCAGCAAGGAGGGAAAAGCCUUUGAGAGUUAUGCAAUGUUGUUGGGAUAAGGAGCCAGAAGGGGUGUAAACAAAACCACUCUGAAGUGGGACAGGCCUAGUCGUUGCCUGGUAACAAAUAUUUUGGGCAGGAGGAUCAGGCAAACACGGCCCGCCUUCCAGAAGGAAAUAGGGGCUGGCUCCAUGAGCACAGCGCAAGACAGUGGCUUCCCGAAAAUACACCAAGAGACGGGGGCAAGCAAAACAAAGCACAUGAGGGGCAUUAAAAUCUGGGUCUAUUUUUUUUUCUACCUCGUGCAACUGGAGUCUAGACCACCACAAGUUGUAAACAAACAAACUUUGGAAAACACAAAAGUUUAGAGAGGAUUAUGGUCUCAUUUGCAACCCUGGGUAUGUUCCUCUUUUUGAAAGUGGUGAAGACUAGUUUAAUGAUAGCCUGUAGAUAAAGCCAUGAAGUUUUUUUGCCAUAUAAUUAUUUAGGCAAUUAUGUAGCCUAUGAUGAAACGAUUCUAGAGCCAUAAAUUCAACUUCAUACACUUUCAGGGUAUUACCUGACUUGUUAAAACUUCUCAAUGUUUGAUUCACUUGAAAUACUGCAGCUCUUCAGUAUCUAAUCUGUGGAAAAGUCAAUUUAACUGGAUAAGGUUCAAGUGAAAAUGAGAUAGAUCUGCAAAAAUUAUGCAAAAUAGGAUAAUCAGAAAGCACCUUUCCUUGAAUAGAGUGGAACUUUUUGCCACAUUUUAAUUAUUUUUAUUUUUUUUUUACCAGCUCUGUCUGACAUUGAAACUGUUUAAAGUAUCUAUAUUUUAAGACAAUACGAGAAAGGAGAAAACCAAAGUAUACAGUUUCUCUUUGGCUCUUCACAAUAAGUCAUUACCCCAAAAAAGCAGAACAACUAAGCUAAAUAACUUACAACAAUGAGUGUAGAUGUCUCUUCGCUUUUAAAUGUUUCGACUCCUUCACGGGACAAACACGCCGUUAGUAAACAUAACUAACGUCAACUUAUCUUUCCCCGUGACAGCCUGACGUUAUAACCGCAGACACAAUAGCCGCUGACGGUUAGAACGGUUUGAAAACAACAACGGUCGUUGUAGUACACUCCGUUGUUGCUGUUCCUUUCACAGAAAGAAUCCGGAAGCCAUGUUGUGUGCUUCUGCUGUCUGUCACUCAGAGCGGGUAACCACGGAAACCGGUUGCUAGGCGGCAUAACAAAAAAGACCAAAUUUAUACGCGCUUGCGUCAGAGCCGACGGCGUAUCCAUGGUGACAGAACGCUACACACAUGUAGCAGAGGAAACCCGUGGAUAGCACAUGGUACCGGCAGCUUGUUUUAGCCCAAGAAAACCUUUUUUAAACCGGCUAAUACUGACUGUUCGUGAUCGAUCGAACAACAUUGUUGAAGAAAAGUACCGUAUUUUGUAACUCAAGAGUUAUGUGUACAUUUUUGCAGUCAUGGCGGAAGGCUUUUAGUCACACGGUGAUUCCUCUUCCUUAUCCUGUGGAGUCCUGUUAUUAUUACUUAUUUCCCCGAGAUGUGGGAUGUUCGCCUGCGUUAUCACCAUUCACCUCAAUAAUUCCCCAUCAUGAGCAACUUACAUCGGCGGAGUUAGUCAUCCCGGUUUAGCAGCAUGGCACCGGCAACGGCAGCCCGGAUGGGACACAACGUCCUCCGUGGAUCCUCGUCUCUGACGUUGUUGUAACGCUGACUAAUAAUUUGUUAUCCCCAUAUCUUCCCUUUUUGCUCACGCCUUUUCACACAUUAGUCCUGUACACAACAGCAUGCCCGCCCCGUGACAUUAGUUGACAUCAUAACGACAAAUUUUUAGAAUUUAAUUCAUGAUUUGCCACCAAGUCUUCCUGAAUUUAGCCUGUGGAGCAACCCCCCCAAGCAAAGCUAACCUCCCACCUGCCACAUUCCCACUGGUGUCCGCAUGUAGGCUAUGAUAAUGAAUCACUUUGUGCUCGGCCGGGUGAUGUUUGCAAUGACAGGAGCCGAUUUUCGUCAUUGCUGCCCACUGUCCAUGACAGAAUUACACUGCUGUUUACCACUUGAUGUUUUUCGGGGGGGUCAAGUAAGGCUGCUGUUGCGACUCCUUCUGCUCUGCGACACAGCCUUGCGAAAUAUGUGACCAAAUUCUGACUGUAACUGAGUGUUGUGUGUUGUAUUCUAACUUUUCAGUGGAAUCAAUACCUGGCACCGAGUCUAACUUCAGGUUUGGGGAGUGUUUAGACACAGAUGAAAAGGAGUCUUUCCUCGGAUUACACGUUAAGCUCUCGAGCUCAGAGGACUCCCGAGGGCGUGUCCUGAGAAACUUCACAGCAGGAUUUCCCUUGCAUGCCAGUCGGGAUUCCGUCCCGAAGCGACCUAGAUAUCUGGGUGUUUUAAAUAAACAGUGAAAGGCUCUGAAUAACCUCACAACAUUUUCUAGGUAUUCUGUGAGCCUGCGUGGUAUUUACAGGAGCAAGAUGCCGGAGUUAGGCAAUGGGAUAGUUUGUUAUCUAAUCUUAAUCGUGACUAAAUCAUCAAUCUGAAGUCAAUAAAUGACCCUAACAUCACUCACCAUUCUUAAAGAUAUAUAAGGCAUUCACAGAAUAUUUCUUUUCUUGACGUGGCAGUGACCCCAACAUUUUCCCAUCGUGAUAUCCGUAGCCUAUAGAUAGCCCUAAAUGGAAACUUUCCAUUUUCAUCACCGACGUUUCUUAAAAUUUCCUUUCUGAAAUUGUCAGACGGUGAAAAAUAUCUCGUGCAUAUGAUAGUAUAAAAAAACAGCUAUUAUUAUCCGCAAGCGAGGUGAGCUUCUGGUCCAUUUCAGUGGGAGAGGGAAUCCCUCAACGUCACCAAGGAUACCAAACACAACAGCACAAAAGUACAAAUAUGGUCAUGUACGUCAGCGGAACUCCGAGGCGGGACUUCAGUGUAGAAAUGCCUUGGUUUACUCGAGGAGGAUGGAUUCAUUCAUAAGACAGGAUCUGCUACUGUGCACCGUAAUACAGGCGAACGUCCAUCGGUGUCCAGUGAACGGACUGUAUGGCUCUAUAAUCUCAUUGUUGACAAGGAUAAGAAAAAGAAGAAGACAACUCUUAAGGAUUUACAGCUAAACCGAGCGGACUUCUUUACGGACUCAACUUGGACAUUUACUUCCCCCUUAAACGCGGGGAAUUGGAUUAAGCUUCUUCAUGCAACUUUUUUGGAAAGAGACCAAGAGCAUCUCACCGGAGAAUAACAGAAAGAUCAGCAAAGGUAAGACAGCGAUGCAUCUAGUAACCCUGGAUGUUGCUUUUAUAGAGUAGUUAACCGUGUUCAGUGUAAACCCUCCUGCAGUUAAGUUUCCUCAAUCAUGGGGUGAUUCACAGCUUCACUUAACAGCUACCAAUAUGUCAAUAACGCUGGUUUACCUUUAACACCAGUCACUCUCUCUUUGCAGUAACAUACCUGCUCUGUAGUAACUUCUUGGUUGUGCCGGUGCCCUGUCGCUGCAGGUGACAUCGCCCCCUUUCUGGUAACUGCAGGUGUCUCGUUCUCCCUCGAUCCCUCCGGGGAGAUGUACCAAGGGUUCCCCGGUGACCCAGAUAGCGGAUCCCGUGGAAGCUCGUCUCCAUCCAUCGAGUCACAGUACCUUUCCUCCGUGGACUCCUUCGGGAGCCCGCCGACCACCAGUGCUCCGCAGGUGAGUUUGACACUUAAGGCAAAACAAUGCACAUCAACUAUGCUGGAGUCAUAUUUUCCCCCGAGGUUUAGGCCCACUUGUGGUCACGUGCAAUGAUGAUCCUGUGUCUCUUUAUGUGUCAAUGGGCCAAAACGAUCAUAUGUUUGCAGUGGUCAGAAAAACUCUAUAUUGAUGUGGGCCUAUUUAUUUCACAUUAGACUUUUGGAUGUGUGCUCCCCAUUGUUUUGUUUGUGACAUGUGUGCUUUGGUAUGGACAAACCAAAAGACAAAUUAAUGUUAUGUUUUUUUUAAGUCUCAUCUUCAUAGAAGAUAAUAUAUUUGGGUAUUCAAUGAUUAGCCUAUAUAUGAAUGCAAGUACAAAUUAUAGACAAUAAAACAGUUGACGCGUAAAAAGUGCUGGGAUUUUAAGCUUUAGAUUAAAAAUGAAAUAUAAAAUGGACGUUCUGUUUUGUAUAUCUGAUGCUAAUAUUCGUGAGGUCAGUGCUUUCUUGUAGUUCUCCAUCCCCUCUAAGUAGAUAUAUUGACCCCGGUGUGUUUCUUGAAGAGACCGGUAGCGGCUCUCAAGCCUUGACAACGUGCUCCGUUUACAGCACGCCGCAGAACGGAUGACAGCGUCCUGGAACUCUCCUACGUAAGCGCGGAAGCCCCGCCCCGCCCUACUGCCCGCUUCUCUCCUUCCACGCGCUCCGCUCUCCUCUCACAGGCCUCGCCGUGACGUAAAUGCUUGUUCUAUUUUGGAGUGCUACGUCGCGUUGCCAAGGGGAACACCGGGGGUGUGACGGGGGAGGAGGAAGAAGGAGGGGGGAGACGCUGAUUGGCCUAGAAAGCCGUUUUAAGAGCCGCCUGUCCCGAUGUCAUAACACCCUUUAUAUGAAUAUUAAUGAAAGUCAAUACUUUGUGUCUUGGGACUGAAGUGAAACAAAAUAAGACGAGCUUUGCAGCCGAACUUUCCUUAAGCGUUUUCGCAACUAUAUGUUGGUUAUUAACUACAGUUGUGCCUCUACAGCAGCAAAAUUAUCUGGACUGUCUGUGAAUUCAAGCCUGAAACUGGAUUUAUGGUCAACUGAAAAUGUUUAAGAUAAUGCUUUUGUACUUUUCCUCUGAUGGUUAUAUUCAGCUUAAAACAGCUUUGAAACAGUCUUUUUACUUGAAGUGAAUCAUUCAACAUCUCUACAUUUGUGUUUCUGCAUUUUUCAGGAAAUUGAUACACAUUAUCAUUUAACAGAUUUCUUGUCAUUUUUCCCCACAAGAACUUCAUCUACUCUCGAUUGAACUUUUAUGUAAUUGAUUAAAAGUUUGAUACAAUGAGUGUAUUAGCAGUGGAAUAAGAGAAACUGAAGCACAGUGUAGUGAAGGUACAGUCUAACCUAUUGGGUGGCUUCAAUACAUCUUGUUUUCCAGUCUAAUAUCCUGGCCAUGCGUAUAGUGUUAAUUUCCCUUAAGGAACCUUCCCAAAAGGAUCAAUAGAGUUCUAUCUAAUCUAAUCUAAUAAUGUAUUUACUGAUCUGUGGUGGGGCUUUGAAUGGUGUGUAAAACCAUGUUUGGUUUUGUCCCUUGCUCAGGAGUGUGUGUCAGCUGGAGCUGGCUUGAGCAUUGUGGGCAGCGGGCCAGGGGCCAGUGUCGGAGGGGAAAUGCCCGGUUCAUUCGUGCCCACCGUCACCGCCAUCACCACCAGUCAAGACUUGCAGUGGAUGGUUCAACCGACCCUAAUUUCCUCGCAGGCCUCUGGACAGAGUGGGUCCACUGGCACAACAACCAUGACCCAGCCUGCAUCACUAGUCGACCCAUAUGACAUGCCGGGCCCAAGUUAUUCUUCAGGGUCAGGGUUCACACCUUCAGGUUCAGACACUCCAGGCCCAGCACCAGGGCCCCUCCGCCAGUCCAGAACCCGUAGCCGUCGCACACGAGACGAGUCUGUGAGUGAAGAUGGAGAUGUUGGUGUGUUUGUAAGUGUGGGUGUUUGGACAGUUUGCUAAUUGACCCUUGCAUGUGCAGUAGGCCUAUAGGUACAGUAUUUCACUAACAAAAUAAUGUCAAAGUAAGAACAUCUGGCUGUCUGUACGGUACUGUUUAGCAGUAAGGUGCAUAAGCACUUCCUGUAUGACCUCUUAUAAAAGAAAUGUUACUUCACAAAGAGGGGGUGUCAAUUAGAGGGCUAUGUGGAAGGGCUCAAAAUACACUGCCACAUUAUGAAAACUACAAUUAGACUGAGCAUACAACCAUUGCUGGUGUGCUCUCUAAUCCAAAUUUUCAAAACUAGUUACGAAACUUUUUACCCUAAUCUGUUGACUUUUUUUCUCUUCGUCCCAGCUAACACCUGAGGAGGAGGAGAAGAGGCGUGUUCGGCGAGAGAGAAACAAGCUGGCAGCUGCUAAGUGCAGAAACCGCAGAAGAGAACUCACAGAUAGACUGCAGUCGGUGAGCUUGGCCCUGUUAUAAAAGCUGGAAUGAGUAAUGAUCAUAAUUGCAUACUGUACACUACCUCUCAUAACAUCAGUGAGCCUGUUGAUAAAUGUGUGCAUGUGUGUUAAAGAGAGAGGAUUACUGUCAAAGUGUUUAGCAUUUGAAAGGACAAUUAGUGUUUAAGGCAGACUAUUGUAUCCAUGGUACAUUUAGCCCAAUUAAUGGCCUUUUAACAUAAGCCAUUUAGCAUAUCCAGGUAAGAAAAGUUUAUGUACAAGGAUGAAAACAUCCACCUCCACAAACAUGAAGUAGAGGUGAAGUUUAGCUAACACCCUCCCUCUCUCUUUUUUGCUUCAUUUCUUCUUCCCUCCUCUAUUCAUUUCAAACACCUUUGUCCCGUACCUAUGCCCUUGUUUCUUUCAUUCUUUAUACCUGCCCUUAGGAGACAGACAUUCUAGAAGAGGAGAAGGCUGAGCUGGAAGCUGAGAUCUCUGAGCUGCAGAAGGAGAAGGAGCGCCUGGAGUUUGUCUUGGUGGCCCACCAACCGAACUGCAAGAUCCCAUACCAGGACCAACCCCAGCAGAGCUCCACACAGCUCCCUCCUGUCCAGCCCCAGCUUGCUCCCCAGACCUUACAACCUCCCGUUUCCAUUGUGGGCUUGGCUGUGAAGGAGGACUCUUUCUAUCUGCCAUCCUACUCAGCCCAUCCAUCCUCCACACAGUCCCAGCCUCCGGUUCAGCCACAGCAGCAAGUCCAGCCGCAGCCUCAGCCAGGGAUGAUGCAGGAGGUAGAGUUUUCUAGUUCUUUCUAUGGCUCAAGUGAGCCGGCACCUGGCGGGCCGUGCCUUAUGGCCAGCGACAGUGGUGGUGGUGGUGGUAACCAUGACGAUGCGGCCAUUGGCAGCUACAACACCUCAUACACAUCUUCAUUUGUGUUCACCUACCCAGAGGGAGCCUGCGGGGUCAGUGCCAACCAGCGGAACAGCAGUAGCGAGCAGUCAUCUGAUUCCCUGAACUCGCCUUCUCUGCUGGCGCUCUGACUGACCGACAGACACACGCGCACACACAUCAACAUGCACACACAUUAUGCUCGCUGGAAGUAGAGCCUGAGGCAAGUACAUGCACAGUACCCACAGUAUCAGCCUCUCAGAUUAAAAAAAAAAGUGACCAAUCAUUUGUGUGAUUGGAAUUAAGUUUACACUUUCUAAAACGCAUUCCAAUAAAGAGCCAAACAGACAGUUGGACAUGGAUGACAUUAGAUCUAACCUCUGACAUCCAGCGUAGACAUUGAUAGUCCCUUUUUUUGUAUUAUCAUUGUACCCGCAACUGGACAAGAGAAGUGAAUAAGACUGAGUCACAAAAUCAAGUCCAAGUUGCCAGCAAGUGCUCUGAAUUAACAGAUUAUUUUACACAAAGUAUACAAAAGCUUCAACGUGUACAGUACAUUUACACGCCAACAAGCACCAGUGCCCCACCUAGUUCCCUCUGUCGGUUGCCCAGUGCUCUUGCUCUCAUCCCUUUCCAUCCUUUUUCUCCCUUCUUCCUCUUGCUGAAUGUAUUUGUGCAAAUCUGAACUAGGGACAAAGGACACCUUGUUCAGGGUCUUUUCCUUGUUGGAGACAGAACGCUGAUUUCUUGCUCACCCUAACUGUUCAUCUGCUCGACUUACCUCUGCUUCUUCAUCUGCUGCUUGGACUUGGCAAGUCUUGGAUCUGGUUGUCAAAGUCGCCACUAUAUCUUGUGCUUUCUACUAUCGAUUUUUUCUUUUAAACUUCCUUCUGCCGUCUGCCUACCUGCCAUGCAACCCAUCUCUGCCCAUCUGUUUCUCCUCUUCUGUCUCUCUGUUUUUCCUUUUCUCUGAAGUCCUCGACCCCUGAGAGCCCGAAGACCCCUUCCAGCCCUUGGGACCUUGAGUGAAAGACAACUCUACUUACUCUCAUACAAGGACAUGGAGGCAAACCCCCCGAUUCAGAAGAAAAUUUUUUCUUGGAGCGCAUUGCUCUGAGCGGAUCCCAACAGAGAACAGCAGCUAAAAACUAUUAUACACGCACACAGACACAUAAUCAAUGACGCAAAAUGCAAGACAGGUGCCACUGUCUUCUGCUGAGCCAUUUUUCGAUGAUUAGACAAAUCUUUGUUGCGAGGUUUAAAAUGAACGUGGAGAGAGAGAUUUAGCAGGAAUUUAAGAAGGAAACGCGACCAAGUUGGACGGACUCAAAUGGGAAAGUAAUGGGAAAAAAAGGAUGAUGCUCGUUCAAACCAUCGAUUUUUGGAACCAAAUGUUAGAAGCAAAGAAAGAGCCAAAUGUUAAAAACAAAGCAAAAAAAAAAGAAAGAAAGACAGAAAAAAAUUCUGCUUUUGCCAACCGUGUGGAAAGGUGACCUCAGAAAAACACCUCCAUACCACAGAGCCUCAUCACCCUGGGCCUACAUGCGCACAUUCACAACACCGCUUUGAAGUCUCUGAACCGACGAUACAGACGUUUUGUUGCAGCGCACCAGCUCUGUGUUUUGCUCGGAAUCAAUCAUAUGUGAAACAAUGCCUUUAUUUAGAGAGGAGAUGUUUUUUGUAGAGAUUCAGACAACCUCUAAACAUUGGGCUCAGUGGUCUCUGUACCCCUCCUCUUCUCUCAGCGAGUAGACGAGGCGGGGUGCAUUUAUUGUGAGUGCAUCCACUCUGAGGCACCUAGCCCGUUUAUUUCUUUCUUUAUUGAGGUUGAUGUGGCGAGUGAGCACAAAGCCAAACCUGGAAACAAAAGAGGAGAACAUGUGGGCCGAUGUUGAGGAGAAAGCGUCCUUUUGCCUGUGAAUUUGUACUUGUUUUCCUGUAUGUUUGAGUGAGGAUUGUUCUAUAUUUUUAAUGUCUAUGUUUGUUUGUGUGUUUGAUUGUUUUGCAUAGACCUCUGCUUUCAUUUGUACUGUUGCCGUAUCUUGUUUUUUUGUUUUGUUUUGUUUUUUUUUUAAUGGGGAGAUUUCCUUAGAACUGUUACUAUUAUUAUUGCUGUGUAACAAACGUUUCAUUAUUUUUAUUGUAUUUUCAUUUGGCAACUUUGGAGGCAUGUUGUGCACUACAAAAAAAAAAAAUCUUAUUCUUAGUCUAUAUGCAUAUACAUAUAUACAAGGAACAUGUAUAUAUAAGUGUAUGUAACAUGAUUGUAAAGUAUGAAUGUUUGCAGAUCUAAAUGGGAUAUUUUUGUCAAUGAAGAACAAGAUAAGAUGUUACUGAGGUUUAGUUUUUAAAUGAAUAUUUUUCUAAAAGAACAAAAAAAAAAGCUAUGACACAUUUAGAGAACUGCCCUGUCCCUCAAAAUGAAGCACGAUGUCACUGCCUCUUUCAAUGUGUAUUUAUGUUAUAUAAACAAUAUAAAGCACUAUACAAGUUAAAUUCAAUGUUUGUUUAUGAUGAUGAUAGAAGGUUGUGGUAACACUUUUGUUUCGUUUGUUUGUUUGUUUUCUCUCUGUGAGGUCUGUCCUAAUGCUACUGACACCUUAAUGCCACUUGAUCCUUAGCAGAUGCAAAAUGAGGAAACAUAGCUAGUGUGAUUAAAUGUCAAUACACAUAUUAAAAGUGUUAAGACUACAACAUAAUGACUAAACUGUUUCAUUCAAGGACAAAGUAUUACAUACCCAGUAUGCAUUUCUGUCCAAUAUAAACAUAUCACUCAAUAGCAUUGUUAUUUCUAACUGAAAUGUGUGUUUGAAGGAUAACCAUAGCUUUAGCUUUGACAUUAGCUUUGUUUUGUUAAUCCAUUCUUGUAUCCAAUGUGUUGUCUAAUUGACAUAAAACAUUUAUUUUGAUUGUAUUUGCUGGAUAAGAAGCUUUAUUUUCAAUAAAUUAAAGUGUUUAUUCAAAACAAUGGCAAGAUCAAUCAUGUAAAUUUUUUUUUUUUCAAAUUUGGCUCUUGGUGGUCAGAAAAAAGGGCAGACCUCAUUUUUCAAACAUUGAAUUGAUGGCUAUGUUUGUACAGAUGUCUGAGAUGCCUUUUGAUUUCUCUCCAAAUGCAAAUGUGAUGAGAAUACUGUAUAUUCUGAUGUGUCAGAAUAAGCAUAAAACAUAUUCAAUAGUUCUCAUGUAUAUAGGUUUUUGUGGUGCUACUUAUAGAAUACUAUAAUGUCAAGGCAGUUUCACAUUAUAAGGUGGAAGGUUUCAAAUUGUCGUGGUUUGGGACAUGAUGAUCAGAAUGGAGGCCAUGAAUGGUGAAUUUUUCCAGCAGCUAAAGCUCUGAGAGCCAAGAAAUCCCUAAUUAAUUUCAUAACAAUUUCAUAUCAAUUUCAUGCUCCAUCUUAAAGAGGUUUACAAAGAGUUCUCAGAAGGCCCCUGUACUGUGCCUGCACUCAACAUACUAAAGGCCCUGACCAGCUUACAGCAGAUUCACUUUUUCCAACAAUAAUUAUAACUCUGGUUUAGUUUCAGUUGCUGUAGUUUGAGGGAAUUGUCUUUCCUCUGUAAAGCUGAAUCAAUAACAGCAUUAAAUGGUAAAGAAAAAGGGGAAAUAUUUAGAUACCAAUAAUGAGUCAAAGACACCGCCAGCACUUACCUUUAAUGCACAAUGGCUAUGUUGGUUAAACUAAACAAAAGCACCCCUGUUUUUUCUAUGCUGGGUCAACUGUUCAUUGUUUUUUUUUUUCCUUUUUACAUUUCCAUGAUUGAAAAUAAAAUGCAAUACUUAUUAUCCUCUUGAAUAAACAUAAUGUAGCAUACCACUCAGUGUUUAAACUGACUGCUACUGUAUGUCAAGUGUGAUGAUGUAUUGCUUUAGUUAUGACAUUUUGUUCAGAUAUUAUAAGUUUUCCUUGUCUUGUUGUAAAAUUUGGAUUUCAGACCACCAUCAUAAAGAAACUGUUUUAUCGUUAGCAUUACAAAUGCUUGUCAGUUUGGUUCAGGGUAGGGGCACUUGUAGUUUCUAUGCAUCAAAAGGUCAAUGCUUAUUUUCUCAUCUAUUUCUGUUGUAACUCACAUUCACUCAUGAAACCAUGUCCUUUUUUGAUAAAGCAUACAAUUUUGUCAGACACGGGAACAGGUUCUGAAAUUUACUGGUAAAGGGUUUGACAAUUUUUUUUUUAACUGUGCAGUUGCCAAAAUUUAAUGAGUAAUAUAAAACACAAAAAUAAUUACAAUACCAGCUCAAGAUGGUGCUCUGAUUUCAGCUGGCUUUACUUUUUUUGCAAACAAUCAACCAAAACUUUCAAGUUUCCUGCACAGUUCUUACAAUGUCUGUUUACUUUUUUUCAAACCUUUUUUCAUUGUUUUUGGGGCCACAGUUUAUGAAAGAGUUGUACUGAUGUUUUUGCAAACCCUGUCCAAAAAUCUCUUGGGUCCACAUUUCAGCUUCAAUUAUUUUUCAUGGAAAAGUUUACAUGUUAAUUUUUUUUUUCCUCAUGGGUUCUAGACUGCAAAAGUUGGUGACGAUGAUGAUUUGACCAAAUGCCAUUUCUUUCUAAUCUGUGAAAAAAAUACAUAAAUAAACAGCAUUAAAUGAGACAUAUGUCUCUGUAUUUCAAAUGU